AUGAGGAGUCGCGGAGUCUUGUUGCCGGGGCUACUGGCCCUACUGGUGCUGCUACUGGGAUCGGCGAGUUCACCCUCGGAGGCGCGCUUCGUUGUAGGUCCGGUACUUGAUCUCGAGCCGGCGGCUUCGCACCACCACCACCACGAGGAGGGCCACGGUGGGGAGUCGCACGAGGAAAAACACGGCGAGCACGGCGAUAAGGAGCACAAGGGCUACAAGUCGCAUCACGAGCACCACAAGGGCGAAAAGGGCCACCACGACAAGGAGGGACACGAGCACCACUACGACGAGGACAGCGGGCACAAAAAGCACCAUCAUCACGACGAUGGGUACCACCACGAGCACCACAAGGGCGAGAAGGGCGAGAAGGGGCACAAGUUCCACGAGAAGGGCCACUUUGGGAAGGGCCACAGUACCAAGGGCCACCACGAGAUACACAAGCUCGACGAGUUCAAGAAGGACAAGGAGUUUUACGACGAGCACCACGACCACGGGCACCACGAGAAACACGGGGGACACGAGCACGAGCACAAGCACAAGAAGGGCGGACACUUUAAAAAGGGCCACCACCACAAGGGCCACCACGAGGGUGAGAAGGGCAAAAAGGGACACUACAAGAAGGGACACCAUCAUCACGACCACAAAGGUCACAAAGAGGAGGGCGGGCACAAGGAUCAUCAUCAUCACCAUCAUAGUUACGGGAAGAAGGGCGGACACGAGGACCACAAGCACUGGAGUCACAAGGGCCACUAG